CAUCUUCUUCCAUCGAAUUUCUCCUUCGUCACCUUAUUUUCCCAGGAAAAAUCAAGAUGGGGGUAGUCAGUUUCGCCCAAGAAUCCGAAUCGCCGGUAGCUCCAGGGCGCUUAUUCAAGGCCUUGAUACUCGACUCACACAACCUGUGCCCCAAGCUCAUGCCUCAGUCGAUCAAAAGCAUUGACAUCAUCCAAGGAGAUGGAGGAGUUGGAACCAUCAAGCAAACCAACUUCACCCGAGGCAUUCACAUCAAGCACAGGAUUGAUGAAGUUGAUAAUGAGAAGUGUCGGUGCAAGUUCACGUUGAUAGAAGGGGAUGUGAUGGGGGAGAAGCUGAGGUCCGCAGGGUAUGAGAUUGAGUUCAUGGAUGAUGGUGAAGGAGGGAGCAUUUGCAGGAUGUUGAGUGAGUACGAGACAGUGGGAGAUGUUGUGUUCAGAGAUGAGGAUAUAGAGGAAGGGAAAGAGAAGGCGACAGAGCUGUUUAAGCCUGUUGAGGCCUUCCUCUUGGCAAAUCCUGAUGCUUAUGCUUAGUGCUAUGUGCUUAUUGUCGUAUGAUAAUAAGUGAGUUAUGCAAUCUGUUUCUCGUUGAAUGAAUAGUGAGUAUUAUUCACUGGAUUGUUUUGUAAAUUUUGCUCUCCAUAUUUCUCUUUAGACCAUUGAGAAAGGGGGAAGAAAAGUAAAAGAAAUCAGCAAGAAGUUUCAUGAUUCA